UAAGCGUGAAGGACAUCUGAUACCCUAACAAAGGGCGCUAAGUUUGAAGUACAUAACUUGUGGCUUAGCUGAUUUUGUUGUUACGAUUGUCUCCCGUGAGACUAUACUUAUAACUGAGCCUCAAACAAGAACAACCACAAGGGAAUCUUUUACAUCAUUCCUGAAGGACUGCAACCUGCGGACGGAACAAUGGAAAUGCAUGUGUUUUUCCUGCUUUGUAUUUCUAUGAUGCCUUGGUUUACAGUCACAACUGCAGCUACAGCCAGAAAUAUUGCUUUAUAUGGCAAGGCCACACAAUCAGACCUGGUCGGGGAUCCUUGGUCAGGAGAAGGCCAUGCCAGCAAUGCUAUUGAUGGAAAUCUUGACUCACAUUUUCAUCAUGGAUCCUGUACUCAUACUGAAUCGCAAAAUGACCCAUGGUGGAGAUUGGAUUUACUAGAGGAGUACGUAGUGACCUCCGUAACUAUCACCAACCGAAAAGACUGCUGUCCUGAAAGACUUGAUGGAGCCGAGAUACACAUUGGAAACUCUCUGCUGAACAACGGCAACAGCAACCCAUUGGCUGGAAAGAUUUCAUCCGUUCCAGCUGGGGGAUCCGUCACUUUUGAUUUGAAGAAAGGCAUUCCAGGCCGUUACGUCAAUGUGGUCAUACCUGGAUCUAAUCGAGUUCUUACCCUUUGUGAGGUCGAGGUUUACGGUUAUCCAGCUUUUUAUGGUGUGCUGUGAUCUCUUCCAUUCCUGCUGGUCUUUCCGCCACCUUUGAAUGUGAUGGGAUGGAAGGACGUUACAAUAAUGUUGUUAUUCCAGGACGGGAAGAAUAUCUUACACUGUGUGAGGUUAAAGUUUUUGGAUCAC